AUGGAUGAUGAUAUAUGUCGGCAGCAAUUUCUAAAAUCUGAGGUUACAAUUGACGAGGAAAUCAAACUAGAGACAAUUGACGACCAAGACGAUGUGACUAGUACAAACAAAACUGUAUUAGAUGAAAGUUCUUAUAUAUGUUGUGAAGAGAUCAGUGAAUCAAGUAAUUUAGUAGAUAGCACGAACAAAUCAUUUGAAGAAAUUUCAGGAAAAAGUGAAACAACUAAUAAAUUGAAACUGUAUACAUGUGAAAUAUGCCAUAAAACAUUUACAGCAAAACGUAACUUAAACCAACAUAAAAUUAUACACUCUGGGGAACUGCCUCAUGAGUGCAAAAUAUGCAAUAAAAGAUUUUUACGGUCAAGUACUUUAACACAGCAUUUAUCAGUGCAUACUGAAGAACGACCUUAUGCAUGUGAAAUAUGUAAUAAAACAUUCAGAACAAAACUUAUAUUAAUGCAACAUAAAACAGUUCAUACUGGAGAACGUCCUUAUGUGUGCGAAAUAUGCAAUAAAAGAUUUUCACGGUCAACUAGUUUAAGAGAGCAUUUAUCAGUGCAUACUGAAGAACAACCUUAUGAAUGUGAAAUAUGUAAUAAAACAUUCAGAACAAAACUUAUAUUAAGGCAACAUAAAACAGUUCAUACUGGAGAACGCCGUAAUGAGUGCAAAAUAUGCAAUAAAACAUUUUCACAGUCAAGUAGUUUAAAAAGGCAUUUAUCAGUGCAUACUGAAGAACGACCUUACGCAUGUGAAAUAUGUAAUAAAACAUUCAGAACAAAACGUAUAUUAAUGCGACAUAAAACAGUUCAUACUGGAGAACGCCGUAAUGAGUGCAAAAUAUGCAAUAAAACAUUUUCACAUUCAGCUAAUUUAAUAAGGCAUUUAUCAGUGCAUAGUGAAGAACGACCUUAUGCAUGUGACAUAUGCAAUAAAAGAUACAAAACAAAACCUAAUUUAUAUCAACAUAAAAUUGUACAUACUGGAAAACGGCCGUAUGAGUGCAAAAUAUGCAAUAAAAGAUUUUUACAGUUAUGUAAUUUAUCAGUGCAUUUAUCAGUGCAUUCUGAAGAACGACCUUAUCCAUGUGACAUAUGCAAUAAAAGAUACAAAACAAAAAAUAUAUUAAUGCGACAUGAAAGAGGACAUCCUGUUGUAACCAAACUAACCUCAAAAAUGUCUGAAGAAACAAAUUCAAACACAACAAUUAAAACCGAACCGUUCGAUGAUUAUCCUCAAGUGAAACAGGAAUUUGAUAAUUAUGACAAUACAUCAGAUUUAUAUAUGGAUGAUGAUAUAUGUCUGCAGCAAUUUCUUAAAUCUGAGGUUACAAUUGACGAGGAAAUAAAACAAGAGACGAUUGAUGACCAAGAUGACAUAACUAGUACAAACAAAGCAGUUUUAGAUGAAAAUUCUUCCAUAUGUAACGACGAGAUCAGUGAAUCAAGUAUGAUAGUCAAUAGUACAAACAAAUCAUUUAAAAAAGUUUCAGGAAAACGUAAGACAACUAGUAAGUUGAAAUAUAAAUGUAAAUCAUGCAGUAAAACAUUUGUAGCAAAACAAGGCUUAGACCGACAUGAAUUGAUCCAUACUGGAGAACGGCCUCAUGAGUGCGAAAUAUGCAAUAAAAGAUUUGCACUGAUAAGUAAUUUAAGAAAGCAUUCAUCAGUACAUAGUGAAGAACGUGCUUAUGAUUGUGAAAUGUGCAAUAAAAAAUUCAAAAGAAAAGAAACAUUAACUCAACAUAAAAUAGUACAUACUGGAGAACGCUGUCAUGAGUGUAAUAUAUGCAAUAAAAGAUUUGCACUGAUAAGUAAUUUAAGAAAGCAUUUAUCAGUGCAUACAGGAGAACGUCCUUAUAUUUGUGAAAUAUGUAAUGAAAAAUUCAGAUUGAAAGAAUACUUAAAUCAGCAUAAACUGGUCCAUACUGGAGUACGCCCUCAUGAGUGCGUAAUAUGCAAAAAAACAUUUUUAGUGUUAAGUCAUUUAAAAAGACAUAUAUUAAUGCAUAAUGAAGAACGUGCUUAUGAUUGUGAAAUGGCCGUGCCUGGCCAGUGUGCAGUGCGUGCACCUGAAAAUCCGCCGAUCGUGACUUAA